AUGGGGGCUGGAUGCAGCGCCUCGUCGGGCCGCGGGGGCGCUGGGACGGGGGGCGCGCUGGCGCCGCAGGACAGACGCGACGGUGCUGUUGCGCCCGAUGCGAAGGGGGUCGAUCACGGACGGGGCGCGCGGAAGACGUCGGGGUCUGCUCGGAGCCGCAGACAGAGCAGGAAGAAUACUAGCGGGGCCAGCAAGUUCGUCGUGGACAACAGCUGGGACGCGCCUUUGGUGUAUAUAUUCAAGGAGACCAUACAGUGCAAGUUUGAGGGGGGGCGGAAUUGCAGAUGCGAAGACCCAGCGAGACAGAAAGUGAACGAGAUCACGGGACUGCACUCGAACUGGGUGACGCCCGCCAUCCUGGCCAUGGCGCGGCCGUGGGAGGCCGCCCUCCGCGACGGCGCGGCCGAGGAGCUCCGGGACAAGGGCGUGGCGAUGGUGCUCAACCUGCAGGAGGUGGGCGAACACGCGGGCUGCGGGCCGGGCAUCCUGGCCGAGUCGGGGUUCUCAUACCUCCCGGAGACGCUCAUGCGCGUGGGCAUCCAGCACCAGAACCUGUCGUGGAAGGACAUGGGCACGCCGAACAUGGGGCGCAUGAUGGACAUUGUGCAGAUCAUGGACGGCGUGAUGCGCGCGGGGGGGAAGGUGGCCGUGCACUGCCACGCGGGGCUCGGGCGCACGGGCCUGGCCAUCGCGUGCUGCAUGGUCUACCGCCACGACGCGGCCACCGCCGAGGAGGCCGUCGCGAUGGUCCGCCGCAACCGCCCGGGCGCGCUGCAGACGCAGGCGCAGGAGGCCUUCGUCGACGUGUUCGAGGCGUGGCUCAAGCACCUCCGCUGCCACUUCCCCGUGCGCCCGAGCGACAGCGGCCCCGUGCCGAGCACGGCGCGGGCGGGGGGCGAGUCGGCAGCACUUGCGGCGCCACCGCUGCGGCAGAGGUCCUCGGCGGCGACCCCGCCGGAGAGGCCCGACGACCUGGCGCGGCGCAAGACGCUGCCGCCGGUCGUGUCGUCGUCCGUCGCAGAGACGGCGGGGGACGGGGACGGGGAGGUGAGCGCGCAGACGGGCACAUCACGGAAGUUUGAUGGCGACCUGGCCAGGGACACGAGCGGGGGGGAGCUGGCGCCCAUGCUGUCGAUGCCCGAGUGCGGCACUGACGUGCGGAAUGUAGUGCGAGAGACGUCCGGGCGGUACGCGGACGUCGACGUGGCGGCGGUGCCUUCGAAGAGCGCUUCGGCGCGCCGCCUGGAGCGCAAGAAGCGGGCGCAGGCGCUCAUGAAGCACCAGCCGUGGACGACCACGCUGAGCGUCGGCGCGGCUCCGCAGAAGGCCAUCGCGCUCGCGGCGGCGUACGUGCAAGCCCCGCCCGUGUCUCUCUGGGACGCCCUGCACCGCCAGAGGCAGCUCAUCCACGGCGAGGGGCUGCGGCUCCUGUACGACCUCCCGCACCUCGUGUACGCGGUCAAGGAGGAGCUGCUGAGCCAGAACGAGGGCGAUGGCGGCGACGCGGGCGGGGUGUUGCUGCGCGCAGGUGCGGCGGUCCGCGCCGCGCAGCCGCCGCUCGUCCGGUACGUGCUCGACGCGGGCGACGCGAACGCGCAGUGGCUGGCGGACGCGCGCGACGCCGUCAACGACGGGCGCUGGUCGUUCCUGCGCGGCGGCCCCGUCCUCGGCCUGCUCUCCCUCGUGGAGCAGCUCUUUCGAGGGUUUGAAAACCCGGUCGGGACUCCGAGCUUCGUCAACCUCCUGCGCUCGAACGGAGCGGCGGACUGCUUGCUCGAGGACGAGAGCGAGGACGACGCGCAGCAGGCGAGGGCGUCGUCGGGCAUGCAGGCAAAGGUGAUGGGGCUGGUGCGCAACCUGGACGCGCCGCGCGCGCGGCUGCUCGCGGAGCUUGCGUCGCUGCUCGGGGAGCUGUCGUCGACGGUGCGGGACGUGCAGGCCGCGGAGGGCGCGCGGGAGAAGCUCGCGGCGUGGAUGGCGGAGGCGCUGUUUGGGUUGGGGGAGGAGAGGGACGUGGCGGAGGCGAGGGACGUGCUGACGUACGUGGCGGGCGCGGACUGGGCGGUGACGCGGCUGAAGGAGCGGGGCAAGGCGGCGGUCGGGCGGAAGCGCGCGACCCUGCGGGAUGACAUGGCCCAGCUUGUCAACGUUGCGGGGUACGACCAGAAACUCAACGUCUUCCUGUAG